AAAGACCACCUAGUCGGAACAAUACAUCUUUAUUGACUCGUAAAAGUGAAUUAAUUUAUUGUUUAAGAAUAUACUUGUUGGUAUAAUGACAAUAUAACACUUAAACAAUAAUAAAUGUUAAGUUUAUUACGCUUCGGCGUAGUUGUUAUAACGGCAAUUCUAGUCUCAAUUUAGAUAAAGAUUAUAAUAUUAUUGUGGUGUACUGCUAAGAUAAAGAAGUUUAUAGAGGGAAGUUCAUUGAAAAGUCGUGGUGGAAAAUUACAUUUCUCAUAACGUUAUUGAGUGUGUAACAGUGAACUUCAGUUAAUUUCGUGUCAAAGAUGACGAAGGAUUUAGUGCCACAAGAAAUUAGGGAAGAAUGUGAAGUAUUUCACAUGUCUGACAAACAAAUCAGAGAAAUUAUGAGCAGGCUCCACAGUGAUCUGCUCAAAGGUCUCGGAAAAGACACCCAUGCGACUUCCAUCGUCAAAUGUUGGAUUACGUACAUACAGGACUUACCGAACGGAAAAGAGCGUGGCAAAUUCCUAGCGUUAGAUUUAGGGGGAACAAAUUUUAGAGUACUUAUUAUAAACCUCGGCGAAAAUCACUUCGACAUGCAGUCAAAAAUCUAUGCCAUUCCAAACCAUAUUAUGACUGGCACGGGUGUCGCUCUAUUUGACCACAUCGCUGAAUGCUUAGCUAAUUUCAUGAAGGAGCAUGACGUGUAUGAAGAACGCUUAGCUUUGGGUUUCACAUUCAGUUUCCCGCUAAAACAAUUAGGUCUAACAAAAGGGGUGUUACAACGAUGGACGAAAGGAUUUUCGUGUUCGGGGGUCGUUGGUGAAGAUGUUGUACAAGGUCUGAAAGACGCUAUCGCCAGAAGAGGGGACGUACAGAUUGAUAUUUGCGCUAUUCUGAAUGACACCACGGGCACAUUGAUGUCUUGCGCGUGGAAAAACCACAACUGCAAAAUAGGACUCAUCGUCGGUACGGGCAGCAACGCGUGUUAUGUGGAAAAGACAGAGAAUUGUGAAUUAUUUGAUGGAGAGCCCGGCAAGCCUGAACUCUUGAUAAACACAGAAUGGGGCGCGUUCGGUGACGACGGUGCCCUCGAUAUGGUCAGAACUGAAUUUGAUCGAGAGGUAGACGCUAAAUCUAUCAACCCCGGCAAACAAAUCCAAGAGAAAAUGAUAUCAGGAAUGUAUAUGGGAGAAUUGGUACGUCUUGCUCUCGUGAAGUUUACGCGAAUGGGCUUACUGUUCGGAGGCCGCGGAUCGGACCUGUUGUUCCAAAGAGGUUGCUUCUAUACAAAAUAUGUGUCUGAGAUUGAAUCUGAUAAGCCAGGAGACUACACUAGUUGUAUGGAAGUCCUAGAAGAACUGGGCCUGUCGCACGCGACGGAAGUGGACAUGGCGGCGGUGCGGCACGUGUGCGAGCGCGUGUCCCGCCGCGCCGCGCACCUCGUGUCGGCGGGGAUCGCGACGCUGCUCAACAAGAUGAACGAGCCGAGGGUCACCGUCGGCAUUGACGGCUCCGUGUACCGCUUCCACCCGCACUUCCACACGCUCAUGUGCGAGAAGAUCGCGCAACUCGUCCGACCCGGGAUCACGUUCGACCUCAUGUUGUCAGAGGACGGCAGCGGGCGCGGCGCCGCGCUGGUGGCCGCCGUGGCGUGCCGGCAGCAGCUCGCUCACGCGUAGAUACUAAGCUUAGCCUGCCACAGCGGUGCUACGUGGUCGCAUACAACGCACACACUCUGGACUUAUACAUCGAAACCGUCCCCAAAUUUUACAGCUGUACCGACACAUCGCGGAUUUAACAUCGCUUCUACCAGCAAAGUGGAAAACGGGUUAUAAAAUCCGGCUGUUCAAAAACAAAUAACCUCUACAACCAGAGCUUAAAGGAAAAGACAGCUAUUCUAAAAUUUAUCGGACCUACGUCAUUUCUGGUUUUAGCGUUGAACGUGCGAUUGCUUUUCCUCGUCUGGCGAAUGAGUUAUUUUCCGCGUCUCGAAAUAUUCAUCGCGUACAUCGAGACAAUGUGGUCAUAUUAUUAAAUUAGGAAAAUUAUUUUAUAUAUUAGUGUAGCGUUAUUGAAUUAGCGCUGUGUGCUUGGACUGACAGUCUACCGCAUAGCUCUCUGUUGUUUAAUAUAGGAGUAUUGUAGUUAUCGAUUGAAAAUCGCGUAUGUACUUCAACGCCCCACUGAAAUAUAUCACAGGUACUUGGAUCAGGUCCAAAGCAAAAUACGCCUUGUAACUACGACUUCUCUUCUGCACAUCUGCUCAUAACGAGAAUUAUAUUUUCAUAUUUAAUAGAUAGGCACUAAGAUUCAAUAACGUUGUCACUAUUCUGAUAUUAGAAAACUUAAUAUGUCACGUGUACUUAGGUCAUAACGAUUUUAGCAUAGUCUAGUCACAAUAUUUACAACGGAUACUUAAAAAAUUUGUACCUAACAUUAUAAAAUUUCUACUACAUAUACUGUUAUACAUACAUCGUUACAAGACUGACAUAAUGUAUAUAAAAAUCUAAAUAUCAUCAUAUUAUAUUGGUCUUAGUGUCGAUCUAAUCAAAAGCACACUGCAUUUGUUAAGUCUUGUACACGUUUUGCAAGCGCGCAGCAACUUCAUGAUCUUUUCGUUAAUGUGACUAAAAUUUGUUUGUAUGAAUUAUUUUAGAGAUAGUUUUUAACUUAUAUGACAGUGAAGGUCUUGUAAUAUAAGAGUCUACUUUUAUACAGUUUACGAUAUAUUACAUAAUAUACAAAGAAUGCACUUCGAACAUUUUUAUUUAUUUAAAGAGAUAAGUAUUUACUGUUAUACAAUCUGCCACAUCUUUAAUAAGUUGUGGCCUGUGAUUGAUAAUAUUCACAUUAUGUCAAUAUAAUUAGUUUCGAAUGUAGCAAUACAUGUGAAUCUCAGGAGCAUGAAUUAUGCUAUCCACAUUAAUGAAUUCAUACAAUCGAUUAUUAUCAUUCCAUUGCCAAACUAAUAACACCAAAUGCUUUACUGAGAAAUUGGCAAUAUGUUGGAAAAUAAUUGAUACUUUAAAAUGCAGUACUCAAGGACAAAAUUGUAUGUUGCAUGGUAUCAUAGUUUCAGCGUUAUUUUUAUUUGAUAUUAGUAAUACAUUUAUUUAACACUGGAAUUCAGUUUAAUUAAUUAGCUAAAGAUUCAGUUUGUACAGAGAUUUAAUUAUUGAAAUGAAUUCUAAAUAAUUUAAUUUUAAGUGAGUGUUUCGAUAUUUAACUGUGAUAGAACUAGGACUUAAUGUAAAAUUGUUUGCUCGUUUACUUUCUGAUUAUUUUGUUUUUAAUAGAAAUAUUGUUAAGAUAGAUAUUAAACGAUAACGUUGUCGCGAGCCAUCAAUAUAAUUAGAUAUAAACAGUGUAUAAAAUCAGACAGAAAAUAAUAAAAAUAGUACACUUUUUUGCCUUGCAACCUAUUGAGGGUGUGUAUUCAUUAACAUAUAUGUAACAACAACAAAGUCGCAAUAAUAUAAGGCAAAAAUUUGUUCUAAGGCACACCUAUUUCUUUAACAGAUGUUGAUAAAAAAUGUUUUUGUUUAUUACACCAUUUUAUAGUUCCUAGUUAAUAAUAGGUGCAUUUUAAUUUAGUGUUGUACUUGUCAUUAAUUUUGUUGCAUGGUGUGCAAUCUGUGUUUCUAGUGUAUUUAUGACAUAUUAAUAUUAUUUAUUGUGUCACUGAGUAGUAUGAUAAUGGCGGAUAUUCAUUACAUAAGAGAACCAAAUAAAGUACAAAAUAAUAUUGGAAAUGAUUUUUGAACUGUAUAGUCCUUGUGAUUCACAGGGUUUUAAAGUAAAAUUUAAUAUCAUGUGUAAAUUUAUAUUAUAUAUUUUGCUCAAAUGACAUUAUACUUAGAAAGAAUUGGUUGAUCACAAUCUUUUAUAAAUUAAUAUGAGUAUACAUUGUUUGAUUCAAUAUUUCUGCAAACGACCUACAUUCCAUAGGUAUGGAAACAACUGUACUUAGUUAUCUGAUGAAAUUAAGGAUGUAUGAUGAUGCAGAAAUGUACAUAUCGCAUCUGAAAUAUUGCAAUUAUUUAAUAACAUGGUCAUGAUUUUGUAAAAUUAUGUACAUAUAUAUAGUAUUAUUACUAACCUUGUAAAUCAUGAAGCUGGUCUUUACUUAAAAGGUACUUCUAAUUUGAUGUUUAUGAAUAUAAAUAAUACAAUUUAGAAUUUAUUUAUGGUAUGAAUAGGGAAUAAAAUUAUCAAAAUGAAGAAGCCAUUUUAGGAAAACAAUCAUUAUUAGCUAGCUCCACUUAUGUAUGAGCUAUUGGAAAUGUUACUUAUUUGAAAAAUAAAUUUUUAAAAGGGUU